AUGAGUCUGCGCUCUCUUUCCAUUUCUGUGGCCCUCAGCCUCUUCGGCUCGCUCGCUUUCCACCCCCGGCUGACGACAGCCGCUGCCGUCGAACUGAAACUCAACGUCACGGCCGUCACGCCGGGCCUCAUCGCAUCGGACUGGACGUCGGUCUACUACUCCGAGUCCCGCCCGCUGCUCAUUACCAACGAUGGCGGCACUGCCACGGGCGGUGUUCACGUGUGGGAUAUUGAUGGCGGGUCGUCGCCACUGGAACGCGUGAAGAGUCUUAACCCGGGCCGGACUAAGCUUAGUGCUGUGGUCUACGAUGUUGGGGGAAGGGAUGUCCUUGUGUCUAUUCCUCAGACGACUUCGAUGCUGAGCGUCUAUGAGUUGCCGGACGUGGAAAAGAUUCAGGAUGCUGGGUUCUUUGCCCUGGGGGAUUGGACUGCGUUGUGCUCGUGGAAGAGUGGGAGUGGGAAUAGCUACCUCUUUCUCUUUGGGAAGCGGCAUGGUGUUCAAUUUCUUGUCCGUGAGAAGGGAGACUCUAUUGAGAUUGUCGAGAUCCAAGCAUUUGACGUCCCCAUGGAAUUUGCGGGCUGUGCCGUCUCGCAAACUCACGGCAAGCUCUUCCUGACUCCUGACGAUGCUGAGGAGAUCUACCACUUUGAUCUCGCAGAGUCAACGGCGAAACCCGAAUUUUCAGUCCUCGGAAAAGCGGAGGACACGGUCACCGGAGUCGCCGCCUAUGCUCCCAAGGACUCGACUGCCAACGACUACCUCUUUGUGGCGCUCGAAGACGUCAUCGCCGUGUACCAGUAUCCGUUCGAGCAAAUCGGCACGAUCCAGCUGACCGGACUCGAAGACAUCGAGAUCGAGGCCCUCAGCAUCUAUCAAGCUCCGACAUCCAAGUAUCCCAACGGCAUCAUUGCCUUUGCCGCCGAGGCCGAAGACUUUGAAGGGUUUGCCUUCAGCUCUCUUGAAGGCGUGCUGGAAGGGCUCGGCAUCGAAGUGAACACGGCGUUCCAUCCCGGUUUCCCGGCCGGUUGCCGCAAACACGACCCUAUUUGCGACGCUUGCUCCGGCCACGGAUUCUGCAUCGGCGGUGCUACCAACUUGGCCGGAUGUGAUUGCUUUGCCGGGUCGGUGGGCGAGAGCUGCCAGGCCAUCACCUGCCAAAACGACUGUUCGGGCCAUGGGACAUGCGUCGGUCCUAACCUCUGCCAAUGCGACGCCCAAUGGGGCGGGCUUCACUGCUCCUUCUUGGUGGUGGCGGCGGCUUACGAGACGGAGGCGAACGGCGGAGAAGACGCUGACGACCCGGCUAUCUGGAUAUCCCCUGUUUCUCCUGAGCGUUCUCGCAUCGUCGCGACGACCAAGUCCGAGGCGGGACAGGGGCUUACCGUCUAUGAUCUUGCGGGCAGAGUUGUGCAGGAUUUCGAGGCGGGCCGGCCCAAUAAUGUGGACAUGAUAUAUGGCUUUCGAGCGGGCAACCGGACUGUUGACCUUGCCUAUGCUGCUUGCCGUGCGGACAACACACUCUGCAUCUUUGAAAUGACCCCCGAGGGGAUAUUGACCGACAUCCCCGGCGGCAUCCAGCCUUCUCACGUCGAGGAUGCAGUCUACGGAUCCUGCGUCUACCGCUCCAAGAAGACCGGCAAGCAGUACCUCUUUGUAAACGAAAAGUCGGGCCGCUACAGGCAACUCGAGCUGACCUCCACCCCCAACGGCACGCUGGAGACCACACUAGUCCGCGAAUUCGUAGCCGGAGCGGGCGGCCAAGUCGAAGGCUGCGUGGCGGACGACGACAACGGGUGGCUCUUCCUCGGCGAGGAGCCCUCGGGCCUCUGGCGGUACGGCGCCGAGCCCGGCCCGGACGCGGACGCGGACGACCCCCCUUUCCGCAUCGACUGGGUCGGCGACGGCACCAUCUGGGGCGACGUGGAAGGGGUGACGCUCGUGCAGGGGAAGACGCCGGACCGCGGGUUCAUCCUGGUGUCGUCGCAGGGCGUCAACGCUUUCAACGUGUACCGGAGGGCGCAUCCGCACGAACGUGUCAUGACUUUUACCGUCGCGGCGUCGGCGGACGGGCGGAUCGAUGCGGUUACGAACGCGGAUGGCGUUGCUGCCGUUCCUGUCCAUCUGGGGCCCGCGUUCCCCCACGGUUUGGUCGUUGUUCAUGACGACGCUAAUGAGCUUCCUGGGGGUGGCACGGACGAACAUGCUAGCUACAAGCUGAUUGGGCUGGGGGAGAUUCUGGGCGCCGAAGCCUUCAGGGAGCUGAACUUGUUGGAUGAGAUUGACCCGAGCUGGGAUCCCCGGGCUUGA